CCAGGAGACGAGAGAAGAUUGCGGAGAGAGGCUAGAGAGAGAGCAGCGGCAAGGAGAGUGAGGGCAGCUGAGGAUAGUGCAAGGACUAGAAUUUCAGCUAGCACCGGUGAAGCCAUGGCAACUUCAUCUACCAUGUCGCAAACCUCUUCACAGUCCACUUCGUCAGGAGUCAAUCAGAGUGGUUCUCAGGGGUCCAUUAGUCAGAUUGCUAGCUUGCGAGUCAGCCAGCAGACUCAACUCGUGCCGGAGGAUUUAGAAAUCCGGCAAGCAGAAGAACUUCAGGAUGAGCUACAGCAGCAGUUUGACGAGGCAGCAGAGAGGAGAAGAAAAGCAAUCCUGAGGAAAGCUAGACUAGGCGUGGUGGAAAGGGAGGUCGUACAUGCGAUAGAGGUUGUCCCAGGUAGCAAGGUGCCUAGAGGACGAAUCUAUAGGAUGUCUCCCGCGGAGUUAGAUGAGCUUCGCCGCCAGCUCAAGGAGCUCACAGAGACGGGAUGGAUACGGCCUAGUACCUCCCCUUACGGCGCUCCAGUGCUAGUCGUACCUAAGAAGGGAGGUACCUUAAGGAUGUGCAUUGACUAUAGGGGCCUCAAUGCCAUCACCGUUAUGAAUGCGGAGCCCCUACCGCACAUCGACGACCUCUUGGAUAGAGUGCAGGGAUGCCGGUACUUCACCAAGAUAGAUCUGAAGUCCGGAUACCAUCAAAUUGCCAUUAGGCCAAAGGAUCAACACAAAAUCGCAUUUCAGACCAGGUACGGUCUGUACGAGUUUGUGGUGAUGCCCUUUGGACUAUGCAAUGCACCUGGUACGUUCCAGCACGCGAUGAACAUGAUUUUUCAUGACUACUUAGACAAGUUUAUCGUCGUGUACCUCGACGAUAUUCUCAUCUUUAGUAGGACUGUAGAGGAGCACGUUGAGCACUUGAAAACAGUGCUAGGUCUCCUAAGACAGCACCAGUACAAGGUUAACUUGGAAAAAUGCGAGUUUGGUCGCACCAAGAUCUUGUACUUGGGUCAUGAAAUCUCAACGGAUGGACUGAGGUCGGAUGAUGCCAAGGUGGCCAGCAUACGUGACUGGCCCAAACCUCAGACUAUUACUGAGGUCAGAUCGUUUUUGGGGAUGACGGGCUACUAUCGUCCGUUUGUGAAGAACUAUAGUAUAAUAGCUUCCCCAUUGACAGAUCUAACUCGACUGGACACCCCUUGGGAGUGGACUGAAGAGUGUGAGGCAGCCUUUAGGAAACUGAAGUACGCUUUAACACACUAUGAGCUUACUUCAAUGCAAUGGCGGGCCUUGUUAGAUGGAGCCAGUGAUGCUGAGAAACCUCAUCUGCAAGCACUCUUAGAUGGUGCAAUAAAACAGGAACAGGAGAUAGAGAAGGAGAGGAAGGAGACCUUGCGAAAAAGGCAAGUGGCCCUCCUAGAGACUGUCCCCUCACUGACUGAAGAGCAGUGCGGGGAACAGCUGCAGUCCAUCCUCACAGCCUUUGUUCAGAUCAAGAAUCGUGAGGACCAUGCCACUCAGAUCGCUGAAGUCUUUGCAAAGCUGCAGACACUUCAUGAUGAUCUGACUGAGAUGACCCUCAAGUACCGUGAAUUGACAAAGGAGGUGGCUGACCUGCGACAAGCCCAAGUGGCCAACCCUCUUCCUCUACCUCCUGGAUCUGAAGCUGCAAUCGAAACUACCUCUACCCCUCUUACUGUAUCUUCUUCUACCUCUUCUUCGAGUGUGAUGGCAAUCCCCUCGGGACCUGCAGCAGGUGCAGAUUCCACUGUUGCUGUAACAAGCAAUGAGGCUGGAACUUCUGCAAUUGCUGCAGCCCCAAGACCGGAACUAGCUGCUGCUGGUCCCAGCCACGUUGGUCCCUAUGUGGACCGAAAGGCGGUUCAAAUGCUGUCCAAGUACGAUGGCAAAGAAGACAUCGAGUCCUGGAUCGACUCCAUGAGGGCCUACUUUGAGAUUCUGGGACUUAAACUGAGACCCAGGCGGUGAUCAUGGGAAUGAAUGUCGAGCCAGUCGUACGGGGCUUCCUAGAAGUCCAAGCGACACGGGCUGGGUUCCCAAAGGCUGCACUAGCCAAAUGGCUAAGCACCACCCCGGUUGCCUCCCUCGAAGACCUCCUUAUCUCACAAUACCAAGACCCAUAUGUUGCUGCUAAAGCAAGGAUUCAACUUGGCAAAGUAAAGCACAGCAAGUGGA